UUGGAGGACCAAUUUACAAAAACCACAAAAUUUAUAUAAACUGUUUAAACUAAAUUUUCCUUUUUCUAAUUAUUUCCGAGAGGAUAUUCACGCGAAGAUUAUCACUACAGCACACCCACAAAAAAGACAAAAUCCCCAUAAAUAGCAAAUCGAGCUUUGAUUGGUAGUAUAUAAAAUUCUGUCUCUGAGAGAAAUUUUACCUCAAUUUUAACACGAUUAAUCCCAAAAGCCCUAGAAACUGCAGCAUGGAAGCUGAUGUCUUGAUUUCCCCAUAGUUUGAAACCCCCUUUUUAGAUUAUUGAGCAAGAAGAAGAAAGAGAAGAAGAGGGUUUUACGGGCUUUCUGUAAUAUCGGAUAAAGUUAGGAUUUUUAGGGUUGAUGAAGAUGUCGGAUUUCUGGGUAUUAAUCUGCUGCUUUUUUUGUUUAAUGGGCUCUUUCGCGGCUUACGGCAAUGUGGUUUUGAUAGGCAACAAUGUUACUUUGUCGUUCGAAGACAUUGAAGCUAAUUUUGCUCCGUCUGUUAAAGGAUCCGGGAUAUGUGGGACGCUGUAUGUAGCCGAGCCUUUGGAUGCAUGCUCACCACUGACUAAUAAAGUCGUUCCAGUAGUGAAUAGCACCAAGUCUCCGUUUGUGUUGAUAGUCCGUGGAGGAUGUAGCUUUGAUGAAAAAGUGAGAAGAGCACAAGCUGCAGGGUUUACAGCUGCCAUUGUCUAUGAUAACGAAGAUGGUGAUUUGGUUGCAAUGGCUGGAAAUUCUGCUGGUAUAAAGAUUCACGCUGUGUUCGUUACCAAAGUCUGUGCCCAGACACUUAUGAAAUAUGCCAAUGCUAGUGAUACGGAGGUGUGGAUAGUACCGAGCUUUGAAAACUCGGCAUGGUCUAUAAUGGCUAUCUCUUUCAUUUCUUUGCUCGCCAUGUCCGCGGUGUUGGCUACGUGCUUCUUUGUCCGAAGGCAUCGGAUUAGAAGAGAAUGGCCUCAAGCUCCACGCGUAAGAGAAUUCCACGGGAUGAGCAGCCGUUUGGUGAAGGCCAUGCCGUCCCUAGUGUUUACAGCUGUUCUCGAGGACAACUGCACUUCCGCGACGUGCGCCAUAUGUCUCGAAGAUUACAGCAUGGGCGAGAAGCUACGGAUACUGCCGUGUCGACAUAAGUUCCACGCCAUGUGUGUCGAUGCGUGGCUGACUUCGUGGAGAACAUUCUGCCCGGUAUGCAAGCGUGACGCCAGGACCAGCAACGGCGAACCACCAGCGACUGAAUCCACGCCACUGCUUUCGUCCACUCCAGGUUCCCUUGCUUCCUCUUCACUCUUGUCGUCUUUUAGGUCAUCGCUAGCGUCAUCAUCGGCCAUUCAAAUAGGUCCGUCAUCUUCCCGAACGCCGCCGUUCUCACAGCCUCAGUCCGUCUCCUCGACCCCUUAUAACCCGAAUUCGCUUCUCUCCCAUCACCAAUCCCAUCAUCUGAGUGCUAGCCGGAGCUCGGUCGACCUUCGAAAUAUGUCGUCCCAACGAUCCCUCGGAGCUUAUUUAGUCUCACCCCACUCGUUAGGUUACCCUUCCUUGUCGUCUCUCAACUCCAGAUAUAUGUCCCCUUAUAUCCCGAGUCCGGCCAUCGGCUCCUCGAGCUACCUCGGAUCUUCGAGCCGUCAAGCUAACCCUUUGCAUUACAGCGAGUCGGCCACAACCGAGCCGAGACCGUUGCAUUAUAGCGAGUCAGCCACGAGCUUUUCGCCGUUCGCCUCGGCUCAGUCGCUGCCUGAUUGUUAGUGAAGCUAGUGACUUGCUGGAUUGGCGUGCUCAGAUCUUCAUGCUAAACUUGUAAAUUGCCACAAGUUUGAAAUUAUAUUUGAUAAAUUUUGCUAUAUAAUUUGCUAAGGUUUUUGGUGCUUCUUCAUUUUGUAAAAGCCUGUGCCUUUUUCAAUUAUUUUGAUUUUUUUUUCUUUAUUUGUGGGUUUUGCUGUUGGUUGUAUAUAUUGAGGUUUGUUCCACUUUGUGAGUUAGGGAUUCUCUCGUUCAA